AGUAAUAUUUUGACAUUUUUAGAUUCUAAUUGCAUCUUUUGCGUCGAUCUAUUAGUUUAAACCUUAUUAAACGAUGAAACCGCCCGAUUUGCUAUAAUUUAUUUUGUGUGUCAUCUGGGAAAACAAAAAAAUGUUUGCCAAUUAUUCAUAUGUGCCUAGAUCAGUAGUGAACGAUACUCAAGUUAAACCAGUAUUUGAUAAACAAAAUAGAGCAGUUUCACCUUUAAGUACGUACCACCAAAACCAUAAAGACGACGACGAUGAUGGCAGCAUUAAGCUUAAAGAACAAUUGCACGAUUCUAAACGAAUUUCCUCAUCAGCACCAUGCGAUUUAACUUCUUCAGCUUGGAUUUUACGUUAUAGUGAAUCAGAAGCAAACUUUCACCCGUGGUUUGGUGGUGAAAGAAAAAAGUUUUCUCAAUUCGAUCUUCUUCCGUGGCGGAGACAAAAAAAUACCAUAGAUUUGGCAAACACUCCACAUUGCGGAGAUGAAUCAAAAUUAAAAUCAAAACGUUAUAUUGAAAAAAGUAUUUGUUGGUUAAAUAAAUUAGAAAUUCGAAAAAACAAACGGAAACUGAAGCAACAACUUAAAUCUUCGUCGUCGUCGGCGGAAGAUAGGGAGAAUUUCAUACGAUUUCGGUUGAUAUUUUUCUUAGAAAUUCGACACAAGAAAAUGGAAAUAAUUAAAAAAUCUAACUAUAAACCGAGGGUUUUUAAAAAAAGUGCACAAACUUUUGGGAAUAAUAAUUGCAAUGUGGAUUAUGGUGAAGUGAUAAUGACAGGAAGUGGAUAUUUUAACCAAAGAAAUACACCGGUAGUGAUUCUAACUGAAACACAUUAUAAGAGUACAACGAAUACUAAAGUGAAUAGUGCGAAAAUGAAAAGUGCAAGUUCAAAAUCCGCAGAUGUUAAUUCGAAAAAUUUGAAAGAAAUUGAAAAUAAAAGUAGAGGUGUUCCUUGUAGAAAGUGUAAAGAAACAGCCGUACGUCUAAGAACUGUUGAUUAUCCUGGUCAUUUCAAUAAUUCGAGGCAAAUGCAUUCUCAUCAGUUUGACAAAUAUGAUUCAAUGCACUCGGGGAGCAUUUCAUCAAUCGAAAGGCCCAAUGGAGGUGCUUUGGCUUUACACUACGCAGCCGCGAGAGGUUGCUUGGAUUGCGUUCAACUCCUUGUAGAAGCAACUUCUGAAAUUUGUGCUAAUACACAAAUGGAUAACGAUGUCACACCAGUUUAUUUAGCUGCGCAAGAAGGACACUUGGAGGUAUUAAAAUUUUUGGUGCUUGAAGCUGGCGGAUCUCUCUAUGUACGUGCACGGGAUGGAAUGGCACCGAUUCAUGCCGCUUCCCAAAUGGGUUGUUUGGAUUGUCUCAAAUGGAUGGUGGAAGACCAAGGUGUUGACCCAAAUUUGAGAGACGGUGAUGGUGCUACUCCUCUACAUUUUGCUGCUUCACGCGGUCAUCUCACAACUGUCAGAUGGCUUCUCAAUCACGGUGCAAAACUAUCACUCGAUAAAUAUGGUAAAAGUCCAAUAAACGAUGCAGCUGAGAAUCAACAAGUUGAGUGUUUAAAUAUUUUAGUCCAACACGGAACAUCCGUCGAUUACAAUACACGCGAAAAAAGCAACAACAUCACCCGUCAAAAAUCUUAUGGCAAACAUCACAGUGGCAGUGGCAGCAAACAAAAUAGUCGCAACUAUACAAUCAAAUCGAAAUCCUCAACUGGCAGCUCUGACAUUGAACCAUUCUAUUUGCAUCCGCCAUCUGUCCGUCAAAGCAAUGAAGGCAUCUACUCACAGUCAAGAUCAUCCUCGGAGAAGAUCUACGGUGCACCGAUUGUGCCAAAUGAUGGUCUCUAUGUUAAUCCAAUGCGAAAUGGCUCCCUAACACCUCCCUCGCCAAGUGGCAGCAUAUCCGGUGAAUCUUUUUUCUUGCAUGAUCCUCAAGAAAUCAUCUACAAUCGUGUCAAAGACUUGUUCGACUCGGAUUGCAGUAGCGUCAGUAAGAAUGCAGCAGCAAUACACAAAGAACACUCCUCGAACAAAUCCAUGAUCAUCCAGGCUGAUGUCCACUCGAGCAGCAGUGGGGCCGGAAGUGGUUCGGACGAAUCUGUUUCCAUCCAAUCCAGUUUAGACUCACCAAAGAACAACAUUCGCAUGAACCAUAAUUUAAACCGAAACAUUCACAAUAACAAUAAUACCAUCAGUAGUAAUCAAAGUAAAAAUAAUAACAAUAAUAAUAAUAACAACAACAACAACAACAGCGCCAACCACGACUACGAAGAUAUCUAUUUGGUGCGUGAAGACGCGAGAAAUGCUAUUAAGAAGAAGUACAACAUCGGUAGAUCGCGGUCGAGAGAUAGCGGUUCGCAUAGUCGUUCGGCAAGUGCCAGCUCCUCCAGGAGUACAGAUGUUGCCAUACAAUAUACCAAACACGAUUUGAACAACAAGCGUGAUAUGGCUCUGAUAAAUCGCUAUAAGUCGCAGUCAAUCAACGGCCUUCAUAGCAAAUACGAUUCGCCGCGAAAAGAGACCUACACGACAAAGAAUGUGAAUUUGAAGAACCAAAUCAAUAGUGGUCUGAAGAGUGAUACGUACGAGAGUGUUUGUCCUCCAGAGGAUGUGGCCGAACGGACCAAGCAGGCAAAUAGGAAUUCCACAGUGAUUAGGAAUAAUCUGGAUACGCUGAGCAAUAAUAACACGGUUAAUGCGAAUAGAGUUCUGAAACGUGUUUCGUCAGCGCCACCUAUUCAAAACAACGCAAUAGCAAAUGGACCUCCCCCUCCUCCCUUGCCACCUCCUUUACGUGCUCCUAUGAAUAAAAGUAAUCUACAUACAGAUAGUUCUUCAAAUAACUCUAACAAAAACGCUAAUAAUUCACCACAAGAAACAUUGGAUUCAGAUUCAGGACUUGAAGUUGUAGAAGAACCAAGCUUAAGACCGUCGGAGCUUGUACGUGGAAAUCAUAAUCGUACAAUGUCAACAAUAUCAGCGAACAAGAAAGCCAAGCUUCUCAAUGGAACAUCAACCGUGCAAUCAUCAUCUUCAGCCACAUUUGAAGCUUCGUAUCAGCAACAACAUCACGGCCAUCACAAUAAUUCUGGAAUUGGGGGGAUAAUAUCACAGAGCUACAAUUGUUCAGAGAGCGAUUACAACGAUCAGCAGUGUAAUUAUUCUUCCUCAGGAUACGAGCGUAGUUGUGUUGGCGGCAGGCCAGGAGGUCCAAAUCUUGUUAAUAAGCAAUUGGUUUUGCCAUUUGUGCCACCUAGCUUUCCCAAUAAUUCUCAAGAUGGUAUUACGCAUUUGAUAAAGCCUUCGGAAUAUUUAAAGAGUAUCAGCGACAAGGGAUCUUUUCAUACAUCUUCUGCUAGGUCAACUGACACUGAGGACUACAUGCAAAUACAAAUUUCUCACCACCAUCAAAGUGGUAUUGAACCUCCAAAACCACCACCACCACCUCCUAUGCCAGCGCUCCUUAACGCAUCGAAUAACAACCUAACACUCAAUAAGCAAUCUCAAGCUCAGCAAUCGCAUCAAGACACAGUUACGCGAAAACAACACCAACCCCUCUCAGCUAUAUCAAUUCAGGAUUUGAAUAGUGUACAGCUUCGGAGGACCGAAACUAAAGUCAUGCAAAAAUCUUUUCAAGCUCCUACCCGAAGCUUCAGCAUGCAAUGCCUUUCAUCAACCACAGAAACAUUCCUUAAAACCGAUCUUAUUGCCGAACUAAAGAUGUCCAAGGACAUUUCCGGCAUAAAGAAAUUGAAAAACGAAAAAGCAAGAAUGGCUGACAAACAUGAUCAAGAGCAUUAUUCAGAGAUUUCACGACAAUUCAAUGCAAAUAAUUUUGUUGAUCAGAUUCAAUUACAGAUUCCUGAAAAGGAUCAAGCCGGCAAUGUUAUACCCGAUUGGAAGAGGCAAAUGCUAGCUAAAAAAGCAGCUGAUCGUGCUAAAAAAGAAUUUGAAGAGCGAAUGGCAAGGGAAGCAGAAAACCGUCGGCUAUCGCAAAUUCCACAAUGGAAGCGAGACCUUCUGGCUAGACGCGAGGAAGCAGAAAAUAAACUAAAGGCAACAAUAUACACACCCAGAAUAGAAGAAGGCAAUAGAGUAUCAGGUUCUUGGAAGAUGAAAAAUAAAUCGGUCUCAAUAGAUAAUAUAAGCAUGUCGUCAUAUUGUACAGAAUCCAGUUACGACCAAAAAACUUUGCCAAUGGACAAUCACAUUCAAAUUGGUUACAAAGAAAACAAAGAAAACGAAUCCGAAUAUCAAGAUAUUAACAUAAAUGGUAAAUGUAACGAUAGGAUUUCUGAUGCCUCAGACGAUCCAAAAAAAUGUCAAGAUGGUGAAGUCGAAAAUGAUAAUAUCAUACCAUGGCGAGCACAACUGAGAAAAACUAAUAGUAGACUGAGUUUGAUUUGAAAAAAUAAUAAAAUAAAAAUUAAAUAAAAUAUUAUUAUUACAUUACUUUAAUGACAUAAAAUGUAUGUAUUACUUUAAUAAAUAUCAAUGCUUUUAACUCGUUAUUUAUUGCUUUUGUAAUUAAAUAUACAUAAUAUCUAUUUAAAUAAAACAUUAUGCAAAAUAUUCUGCAAGUUAAAUAAAACACCUAUGUAAACAUAUUAUUUUUAUAAAA